AUGGGCUACAAAGAGUUUCUAGUCGUUAUAUUGGCAAUUAGCAGUGCAGCUGCACAAACAUACAAAGUUUGCGUCUCCAAUUCAAAUCCGGUGCUCUGUCAGAACCUUGACAAAGAUGGGAGCCAAGCAGUUUGUGAGCCGGUCGAGUCGAGGGUCGACUGCGCGCUGAAGCUCUCCCGCAACGCGGCGGACUUCGGCGUCUUCUCCGAGGAGGAGAUGAUGCUGCUAUCGCAGCAGCAGCCGAACGAUAACCGGAUCGUCGCCACGAUCAGGGACGUCAACAGGCAAGAGCCCUUCGCCUUCGAAGCGGUUGCGAUAGUGCCCAACUCCCACACUGGCGGUCUGGAGGGUUUGAUCGGCGGCAAAUACUGCCAUCCAGGCUUCGAUGAAUCCGAGAUGCGCUGGUCUCCGAGAGUGUUGAAGGCUUUCGAACGAGUGGUAGCGCGCACGGACCGCUGCCCGGACGCCAACGUGGCGCAGAAAACCGCCGAAGAGAUGGAGAUGGAGACGCUGAGCAGAGCCUUCUCCAGCGGCUGCAGGCCUGGACCCUGGAGCUCGAAUGCAACCAUCGACGAACGCCUCAAGAGCAGCUACUCCUCGCUUUGCGCACUGUGCGGGGGCGAGGGCUGCACUGGCUACACCCUCGACAUGGGCGUGAGCGUCGCGGGCGUCUCCAACACAAACCGCCACAUCCAGGCCCUAGAGUGCCUCCGCACCAACGGGAACGGCAGCGUGGCGUACGUCGCCUGGCAGCACGCGCGCGAGUUCUUCACGAUCCGCAACCCUCAGGACGCGGAGCAGUACUCGCUGCUGUGCGAGGAUGGAUCCCUCCGCGCCCUCACAGAAGACGUUCUCAAAGGGCUCACCUCACCAUGCGCCUUCGUGAGACAACCCUGGAGUGCCAUAGUGGCUUCUGCGUCGACCGCUGCAGCGGUCCAAACCGGUCUGAGGGCGUGGUGGCCGAACGGUGCCAACCCUGGAGGCAACACCUGGCAGUCGGUCCUGUUCAGCGGAGUCGUUGGAGGUUCUAACGCGAGAGUCUUCUUCGAGGAGGGCUUACCGUCGCCCGCGAAUUACACCGCUGAAGUUCGCAACCUGACCAGCGCGGACGCGACCGCCUCCUGCCUGCCGGCGCGCCGCUGGUGCACCAUCUCAAACGGCGAGCACGCCAAGUGCCUCUGGCUGCGGACAGCCGCCUACACGCUGGGAAUCGAACCGGCGAUCUCGUGCCAGCAGAGGGCGAACACGUUCGAGUGCCUGCAGGACAUAAAGGACGACCGCGCGGACUUCAUCGCGACGCCGGCCAACUACGGAUACAUAUCGAGGCAGAACUACCAGCUGUCGGCGGUGAAACUUGUGCAGAACGCGCGCAGCAACCCGGCCGCCUUCUCCCGCGUGGUCGCUCUGGUGAAGAACUCCACUCAGAACGAGAUUACACGCUUUGAAAACCUCAGGGGCGGCAAGGCCUGCUUCCCGGAGUUCGGCGGAAUCGCGUACAUGUCGUUCGUGAACACCGCACAAGAGAGGGGCGUGCUGAGCGCGUCCGAGUGCGACUACGCGAGAGCGGUUGGGGAAUUCUUCGCGGGCGCGUGCGCCCCCGGCGCCAUCGACGCCACGCACUCCCUCAGCGAGUCUUCGAGUUUCAACGCGACCACGCUAUGCUCCGUGUGCAAGCCAGCGGCAUCAACAGACUCUCCCAACGCUUCCAACUUCACCUGCGCCUGGGACCAUACGAACCAAUACUAUGGCAACAACGGCUCUCUGGCAUGCUUGGCAGAUCCCGAAACAGACGUGGCCUUCGUCGAGUUGCAAAACAUUGAGAGGCUGUUCACCAGCCUCGGUCUGCGGCCUACGGACUACAGGGCCCUGUGCCGCAACAACACUUUGGCCGCAGAACCGGGCCUGGCCAUCGACCAGGGCUGCCUCCUAUCCUACGUGGUCGACUCUGAAGUUCUGGCCAGGAGGAACGACCCUUUGAGGAAUGCAUUGGGGGUGUUGCUGGAGACACUUGACCAGUACUUCGGCUACAACGCCGCGACGGGCAGCCAGCACAUCAACUUAGAGAUGUACUCGCCCUUCGACGGGACUAGCGACCUCCUAUUCAAGGACACCGCGGUCGGCCUCUCGGAGCCUUCAAGCACCGCCGCCAACGAAGCGGCCCGCAACUACAUGGAGCUGUUCAGCCACCUGGACGCGUGCACCAGCGUGGCUCCCCCCUCCCUAGGGAUGGCCACACGAAACGUGUACUCCCUGUUCACCCUCUUCCUUUUGACGCUACUCACACGCGUCGUAGUGUUU